AUGUCCGAAAGCGCUUUCAAGACUCUCCUCCUCUUCCUCCUUGUGAGCUCAGGGAACUGCUUCUUCACGAUGCAGUUCAGCGACUGGGACCCGCAGAAGAUGUCGACAGAGCUGCACGAGCAGCGGGAUAGCAGCCUUGCAAGCAUUGGGCAGAGGAUCGAGGAUGUGAAGCUCGAGGGCUUGAAGACUGACAACCUCCUCGCCUGCGACGCCUACGGCGGGACAGAUCUCAAGGAUGAAGGGUCGGGGAUGAAAGUGGACAGAGCAGAACAGGGACAAGGCGAUGUAACAAGACUUAACUCAGCGCGAGAGUGUGAAACAGAGAAUGAUUAUGAGCAGCGUUUCUUUGCACUCAUGCCAGGGAACAUGCCUGUUGGUAUGGAGCAAAACGUACAUAACAUCGGAUCAAGGAUGGUCAAGCUCGAAUCAGGAAUCGAGAACAUCGGAUCAAGGAUG